ACCGCGUGGGAUGGUAUAUACUUCAUCUGACUAAAUCUCACAAACAAUAGCAUUUAAUACUCGAAUAAAAAAGGUGUUAGGGAUUUGUGUUAUUUAUACCAAUAUGGCUGAACGAAGGCACUCAGUGUCACACAGGACGGCGUUUGAUAGAUUCAUACCCUUCCGACCGAACUUGGAUGUUGAGACAUCACAUGCUAGACUCAUGUCUUGUUCAUCCGAUUGUACAGAGAAUGAACUUGCACAGCUCAAGAGCCCGGUCACAAAAUCGUAUACAAGGCUUUUGUCAGAAACAACACACGCUGGAGAUGGCAAAAUUUUACCGAUAUGCAGCACACCAGUUUCAAGUCCUUUCAAAAGCCGGAUGAACCAGCUGUUUCCGACCAGUCCCGACGAAGGAUAUGAUUCUCCGACAGUAGACAGAGUCCGGAGAAUCCCGACGUCACCAGAAUGUAUAAUGGACAUGCCAGGACUGAGAGACGAUUUUUAUACAAAUUUAUUAGAUUGGAGCGAUCGAAACUUGAUUGCAGUUGCUCUUUUCCAGUCAGCAUAUGUAUGGAACGCCGACUCCAAAGAUUGUCAAAGAAUUGAAAUACAUUUUCCGGAACCAAACUUUUACAUAUCGGCACUGUCUUGGAGUCAACGGGAGAAAUUGUUGGCCAUCUCCGACAACGACGGAGAGCUUACGAUUUGUGACGUUGAAAAGAUGCAAUCAAAGAGAAAGUUUGUGCCUUUAAGACAGAAAUGUUCAGUGGGAGCCCUUCAGUGGACAGACUUUGGAAUCAUAAGCGGUAACCGAAAGGGGGAGAUAACUCUGCACGAUGAUAGAUGCAAGGACAGCUCCGCAAUGAAAUACAUGAACGGGCACCAUUUAAAAGAAGUUUGUGGUUUGAGGCUAGCACCCGGAACGUCUUACUUGGCAAGUGGCGGAGAUGACGGUCAUGUAAAUGUCUGGGAUCUUCGAAUGAUGCAAAACUGCAAAAAUAUUAAGGCCCACACGGCUUGUGUUAAGGCUUUGGCGUGGUGUCCGUGGAGGCAGGGUGUCAUAGCAACCGGCGGUGGAUCGAAUGACGGUCACAUACGUCUGUGGUACGCACACACGGGAGAACAGUUGGGGGAGACUUUUACAAAAUCACAGAUCUGUGGCCUGCUGUGGUCAGAGGAGUACAAUGAACUAGUAUCUGCCCUAGGGUCCCCUACUCCCGAGAAGAAUGACCUGAUUGUCUGGAAUAUGAAGAAGUUCGAGUUCGAAGCCGUGGCCAAACUCAGACAGCAUAUCGCACGUCCUUUACACAUAGCGCUCAGUCCAGAUAAAACCACAAUAGCGUCUGCGGGCGCCGAUGAGGCUCUGUGUUUGUGGAACACAUUCCCGAGGAGGUCGCGGAGACACACUUGGACACACUGGGACAAAUCACCCCUCAACAUGUUAAAAUACAUCAGAUAAAACUUUGACGUCAACGACUGUUCAUGGCGAUACUCUGAAAUACCAGAUAUAUUUUCAACAAGUUGUCGUUGUCCUCGAACACACUCCUGGAAGUCAUUAAUAUACUUAGACAAUAAAUGGAACAAGUCACUAUUUUGAAAAAAAAAAUAUUCAUAAGCAUUCUUUGAAAACAGAAAAUGCCAAGUAGAUUGCUACCUGGAAUAUCACCCGGCACAAGGAGAGAAAGUAACAGUGUGUUAGUUGAAUUCGUCCAAAUCUGUCACAUGACCCGUGCUCUUAUUCGUUAACGUUGAAAAUCGUUUAAAGUGAACAGAUAUUAAAAUGAUCAUAUGUUUGUUUUAAGUCUAAGUCUUCUGCAAUUUUGUAUAGGUUGUUUCAGUUACAGGGUCCAGACAUCACAACCCUUGCUGAUAUAUAAGACUACUUUAUUUGCCAAGAACAUUGACGAAUACGGGUGGGGCUUCAAAUGUUUAGUGCUAUGACAACCAAUGUGUUAUUAAUUCUCACAUGUUUCUGAAAACAGAAGCUUUUUCCUACUUUUCUAACUGUUUCCUAAUCAUUUUCUUUACAUUCCUUUUCUGUAUGUUGAUCUCAUUUUAUAUAAUUAUACACUCGUUGAAUUUUUGUUUCCAAAAGUCUAUGUAAGCUUGUUUAAAUUUUCAAAGUGAUUUAUAGUGAAAUAACUAGAAAAUGAAAUUGUAAAAAAAGUACAAUUUUACUUAAUAUUUUCAAUUUUCACUGAGUGUAAUAACACUGCAUUUUAUUUGCUCAAGAAUGAAAUAAAAAUAUCAA